ACUGUUGGAACCUUGGUACUGUAAACUAUACCGAAUAAGACUGUAAUAAGGUAUUAAUGAAGAAAAAAAAAAGCCAAAGUGGUCUUGAAGGGUGCAUUCCUUCUACAAAAAUCCAGUCAGGUCAGAGCAAAAGAAAGCUAAAAAGUGUCCAACCAUGGUGUUUUCUCCUACUGCUCCCCAUUUUUUCAAGAUUAUUCUUCAACAAACUCCUGACAACACCUACACCAAGCUACAAAUUCCAAAGGCAUUUUGGGUGAAAUAUUGUGGCUCCUUAUCGAGUCAAGUAUUUCUUAAGCUUCCAUGUGGAUCAACAUGGGAGGUUGGGUUGACAAAAAGUAGUGAUGGGAAUGUAUGGAUAGAAGAGGGUUGGAAUAAAUUUGCACAACAUUGUUCUUUAAGCCGUGGAAAUCUCUUAGUUUUUCGAUAUGAAGGGAACUCUCUGUUUGAUGUUACCAUAUUCGACAAAGAUACUAUGGAGAUCGAUUAUCCUUCUAAUCCUAGCCAUUUUGAGAAGCAUAGUGUUGAUGAUACUAAAGAUGAUAUUUCAAUUAAAGUCUUGGAUAAGUCUACAUUACCAUGUUCUGCUAGUUCUCACAAGAAAAUGAAAACUAGUCCUUGUGAUAAAUCUGAAGUGAAAUUUGAUUUGUCAGAUAAAGUAUGUGGAGAAUCUCCUGUACCAAGAGGCAUGGAACCUGAAAAAUAUACAACAAAGCAGAGAUUGACUGGAAAAGUAAAGGCUAAAGCUCUCAUGAGAGCUGAAGGUUUUAAAUCUAAAGACCCCUUUUUCUUUGUUCCUAUGCAACCAUCUGUUGUUGGAGCUAAGUUUCAUUUGAAUGUACCAUUUCACUUUGCAAGAACUUACCUCAGUAAGUCCCAAGAUGUGAUCCUUAAGGUUCAGGGCGGGAGGACCUGGUCUGUUAUGUACUCUUAUAAACAGUAUGAAGGAUCUUCAAGAUAUUCAAGAUUCUGUUGUGGUUGGAAGGAAUUUGUUCAAGAUAAUGAUUUGAAAGUAGGUGAUGUUUGUGCCUUUGUUUUGAGAAAAAACAUUGGAGUAAUUUUAUUCAAAGUGGUUAUAUUUUAUGAAAAUGGAGCUGCAAAUUCCCCUAUGUUACCAGGUGAAGAUAAAAUAAGAGAAGAGCAACAACUCUAUACAGCUCCAAAUAUGAGCAGAUCAGCUACACUUUCCGGGACAGUGAGAAAUCCGUGUGUGAAAGUUGAAUCUUUUAAUAAUUAUGAUGAAGAUGAAACCAGCAUUAUUUGUUACAACUUAAAUGCAAAGAGAGAACAACAGAACAUCAAAGUUGAACGACCUUUGGGGCCAAGCCAAUUCGUCUCAAAAAAUCCUUACUUUCAAGUGACUUUGCGAUCAACACAUGUGCAUAGACGUAGACUGUAUAUUCCAAUGAGUUUUGCAAGAGAUUAUUUAGAGGGAAAAACACAAACUAUUAUUCUUUGGGUUGGUGAGGAAUGUCAGUAUGUGAAUUUAAUUGUUAAUGGAGCAGAACAUAAGUUUUCCAGUGGAUGGUGUGCCUUUGUGAGAGACAACUCUCUUCAGGUAGGUGAUGUGUGCAUCUUUGAGCUACUUAAGGGAUAUCAAGCUGAGAUGAAAGUUCACAUAUUUAGACAAAGUAGUUUGGCUCAACAGUAAUAUAAAUGUUGUAAUUAUGCAAAUCAUAAGAAUCAUUUUGGUACCAACAAAUUUGCCAAGCCACUUAGAUUAGUUUGUAGCUUUUGACUGUAAUUGGUCACCAUGACCCUGUUGAAGGUUAGUUUUUUGGUUGCUUGUUCGAUUCUUAAUUAAUUACAGUGACUAAAAUAUGUACUUUUGCUUUAUUAACUCUCUUAAGCCACUCAUGCCAAGUUAUGGUUUCUCCACAUCAAAGAUCAAACCACCCUUGUUUUUAUAUAUUUA